AUGGAAGUCAUGCACGCUCCACAGAGGCAAGCAUGGAAGAUUCUUUGUGUGGUUUUGAUCAGCACAGCAGGAGAAGACGUUCCCUGUCCAAAAGGUGGACAGAUCCACCUGCCGAGUCUGCGAUGCUUCUGGCUCUCUAAAAAAGCGUCCACGUGGUCCGAAGCUUCGGAUUCUUGUCAGCAGACUCAUGGCGGAGACGUGGCAGCUGCUGACACUUUGGACCUGCAGGACUUCCUCCAGCACUCCUUCUCUGUGGAGAGCACGGUGUGGGUUUGGCUGAAGGGAGCAAGCGCAGGAGGACCAAACCUUGGUGGGUUUGUGGAGUCCGCAAGAGAUGGCGACGUCGGUGAGAAACUCGGAGAAUGUCCUCAGAUGGCACUGGGAAGAGCUGGAGAAUGGAAGGCAAUCCCUUGUAGUCAACAGCAUCGCUUUUUAUGUGAAAACCGCUUGGAUGAAUAUUUACCAGACCUGGACAGUUACCUUGUAGGAGUGGUUCUGAUGACUGGCAUCUACCAUCAGUUCCAGAUUGACUCCCUCCUUACUCUACCAGACAGUGAACAAUUUGUAGUGGAGAUGCAGUUGUUUCCAGGUCUGUGGUUCAGCCAUGCAGGUCAACUUACAUCUCUGGAACUUGUGGUCCAGCCCGGCCCAACUGCCUCCCUGGCCCGCGUUCAAAUCCUUCGACCCUAUUGCAGCCCCAGCCAACACCUCGUACCUCCAGGUUGCCGCUCGCUCCUGAAUCCGUUCAGCUGCUGCUCAGUGGCUCCGCUGUGCAACACAACAGGAGGUUGCAGUGUGGGCCAGUACUGGUGUCACAUUCUAGAAGCUUGUCUCCCCAACAGCAGUCCAUGUAGUCCCUACAUCUCAGCAGCAGGGGUCCGACGCUUUGCGUUACCACCCAGAUACUCAUCGAUUCCUCCUUUUUACCACUUGGUAGCAGACUUACCUUUGAGAAUAAGACCCUUGGCAGACCUGGAAAUUUUAAGCGUGCUUCUUCCAAAGGAAGCCAUCAUGGUGUACCCCGAUGAUAUUGUCGCCAUACAACACACUCGUAAACCUGGGACUUUCCUGCAUUGCCUUUCCAACGAGGCGUCCUUGAAUUCACCAUGGCGACAAAGUUACCUGUCUCUGCGGGGGACGGAGUGGGAGGGCUGGUGGGAGGGAGGUCUUACUUCUAUGCCCGCAGGCGGCCACUGGGUGGAUGGCGUUGUGUGCAAUGUGAGACUGCUGUACGCAGACACCCUUCACGGUACCGAGGAGAUGUUUGGCCAGGCAGAAACAACCACCUCCUCUCACAUGGAAGCCCUGACGCCGAGUGUGAGCUCUACAUUUGGGCUGAGCAUCAUCCACCCUCCUUUGGAUGAAAAUAACCGCAUCCACCUUCAAAUUAACACCCCAACUGUUAUUGUUGUCAAAGUUCUAAGGGGAGAGAACGCCAGGUGCUCAUGGUCCGGCCCCGUGCUCCAAACCGGACUCCGCUUCAGUCCAUCUUGCACAGAAGCCCUGCCUGAAUGCAAGGGCCAGUCUGGGGACGCAUGGUUCUCCUCCGUGACGCUGGUCCUACCCUCAGUGGGGGUUGAGACGCUGAACAUCCGUGUGACGGAUGACGUUGGUUCUCAGAGUUUGAAUGUGACGAUCUGUGGCUAUGAAGGAGUGUCAGGGCUCAGCGUGGAGCCAAGUGAGCACCAGAGGAUGCUAGUGGACAUCCCUCAGUCUUUUUCAGCCAAAGUAGAGAGCGGCUCAUCAGUUACAUUCUCCUGGGUGAUUGACAACCUGGAGACGUUUGCGUAUGAAGGAGAAUCUUACAGUGUGGUCUUCAAGAAAGCGGCUGAGUACAAGCUCAAGGUAACUGCAUCCAAUCCUGUGAGCUCCCAAAACAAACAACUGAUCCUGAUUGCAGAUGAAAUGACCCCACUGGGAGAGCCAGAGUUCCUAUUUGCCAGGCAGGUUGUAGCUGUGGGUGAUACACAGCUCUACACUCUCAGGGUGAAAGUGGACAUCGCUUUGUCAGCCACCUUCAGAUGGGAUUUUGGAGAUGGUAGCAGCAGUGUUAUCCAUACCGAGCCUGCUCCAUGUGAGACACUGGAGGGGCUUGUGGACCGAAGGGAGAAGCAAGUGUACGUGCAGCACUCUGUGAACUUUACCUAUUUUACGCAAGGUGACUACACUCUUCAAGUGGAAGUCUCUAACAAAUAUGAAAAACAGCAAAAGUCUACCAAGAUAUGCAUCCGUCCCUUGUUAAAACAGCUGUUCCUUGACUCCGCCCCUCUGGUGCCAAUUGUGGACCGGACUUUCCGCUUGGAAGCUACCACUGAUCCUGCCUCCAACAACAUCGUCCUCACAUGGGAUUUUGGUGACAAGUCCAAAGCUGUCCAAGGCACCGAUCACAAAGUUGAACACGUCUUUAAAUCUGCUGAAGUUUACAACAUCACUCUGUGUGCCAACAACUCUCUUUCUGUGCUCAACACCUGGCUCGUGGUGGAAGUUAUGGAGGAAAUAUCCAGGCUAAGUGUCAGUAACGACGGACCAAGCGAGUUGGGCUCUGUUACAAAGUUAAGGGCAAAAGUCGCAACUGGUACGGCACUUAUUUGGGAUUUUGACUUUGGUGAUGGGUCGAAACUGGGAAACUUGACAAAUGGUACAGUUGAUCACGUAUAUGAUUUUCCUGGAAACUAUACAGUGGGGGUAACUGUCUCUAAUUCUGUCAGCCAUGCUCAGCAUUUUAUCAGCGUGGCUGUAUAUGAAUUGGCUGUAGUUGGAAUGCUGCCUGCCGAGUGUAUCAUUAGUGGUAGGAACACAGAGUUUACUGCUUUGGUCAGUGGAAAUGUAUCCAUGCUGGCUUUCCAUUGGCUAUUUGGUGAAGAAUUGCCUGUAGUUGUUGUGGAAGGGCGAUCCACAGCCACACACAAUUUUUCUAGCCCAGGAGCUUACAGUGUUAGCUUAACGGUGCAUAGCUGUAAUAGCACCGUGUCAUACAAUAGCACUGUCUGUGUGGAAACACCAGUAGCUCGCAUGUCACUGCAGUCAUCUCGUCAUAUAGCAGCUGUUGGAGAUAACGUAUGCUUUAGUGUGUUGUUUUCUGUAGAAGAGUGUAAGGGUUGUCAGUUUGAGUGGUUCAGCAGCUCUUCCAGUCAAGCCGCGGUGACAGAAACUGCCCUGAAGUGUUUUACCUUCCGAGACGAAGGAGUUCAGGAGGUAUAUGUCACUGUGAGUAAUAAAGUGAGCAGCAAAACGGCCAAUACGAGCAUCAUCGUUCAGACACCUGUCAGUAAUUUCUCUGUGGUGCGAGGUAGUGAGACGGUGACAGUCAAUACAUCAGCCUCAUUUUGGGUGGCCAGUUGUUCUGGCAGCAAUGUGUCAGUGCAAUGGGAUUUUGGUGAUGGUUUUCAAGCAGAACAGAAGCAACAUGUUUUACAUGUGUUUACGGCAACGGGUGAUUACACUGUGAAUGCCACUGCCUUUAAUGCAAUAAGCCAGGAAUCUGUGACACUAAAAGUGACUGUGUUGCAUCCUGUUUCAGACUUUAGCCUUCAAACCAACCAGCCUUACGGUGUGGUUGGGGAAGAGAUCCAUAUUAGAGCAGUUAACAGUGAUAAUAGCAGCACUACCUACUCUUGGACUGUGGAUGGCUUAGCGACACCCCAGCAAGGAACCUCUCAAUUUAAAUUUGUUUUCCCCAAAGCUGCAGUAUAUCAAGUACGAGCAAUAUCACAAAAUAUGGUAAGCAGACAGCAGGCAACCAUUUCAGUUGAAGUCUUUGAGAGAAUAGAAGGCCUUAGCUUUGAUUGUCCAAAAUUAACAAACAUGACAUACUUACCAACUCAAGAGGAAGUGAUGUUUGUUGCUACAGUCACAAGAGGCUCCGAUGUUAAAUAUCGGUGGCUUGCUGCACAAAGUGAAAGGAAGCUUCAAAUGGCAGCAGGAGAACAUUUUAACUUGGUCGUUGAAAGUCCUGGAACGCUAUCAAUUCAGUUAAAUGCCUCUAACAAUUUGGGCAAGACCACCAGCAUGGCUUCUGUUGUGGCUGUAGAACGUGUAAGAAGUGCACACAUAACCACACAGUCACAUAUCAUGGCAGUGGGGAAGUUGAUUAAUAUUUCGGUAUCUGUCCUUACUGGUUCGGACCUCAAGUAUUUUUGGUUUGUAGACCCCAAUCUUCCAUCCAUUGAGACACACACUUCCUAUCUUCUUCACAGGUUUUCAAGCCCAGGAGAUUGUUUUGUCCAAGUUGUAGUUCAGAAUGCCCUCAGUCAGAGUAAGGACACCAAGAUUUUUAUUGUACAAGAGGAGGUAGAAGAGGUGGACUUUAGAAUAGAUGACAAGAUGUUUCCGUUUUAUAUAAGCACAGAUGCUUUUGUGUCAUUUCAGGGUGUUGCCCACAAAGGUAGUGAUCUGCAAUGGUUUUGGAAAAUAAGGGAUGUCAUGACUGACAUUUUUGACAGGACCAACAUAACUUUUAUCUACAUUUUCCCCCGUGAAGGUAUUUACAAGGUGUCUUUAAAUGUCUCCAAUGCAGUAAAUUGGCAAGAAGUUUCACAAAAUGUGUUUGUCCAGGAUAAAAUUGAAGGUCUCAUUUUGAACAUUAGCAAACACACUCUCUGCACAGGUGAAGCUGAUACCUUUAGGUCAAACAUCAGCAAAGGAAGUAAUGUAAGCUAUGGUUUAACAUUUGAAAGUAAAAACUGGAAGCAUAGUCAGGAUUUGGUUGAGGGAAUGUUUAUGACAUCAAGCCUUCCAACAGGGACACAUUUUGUUAAACUUAAAGCUUGGAAUCAGGUCAGUCGUGCACAGGUGUCAAACCAAGUUCAGAUCAUUGAGAAUAUUCAAACUUUGCAACUUUUACGUCCUUCCCAGCAUGCCAUAGAGGCUCUGAAAGAGAGACGUUUUGUGGUGGAUGAGCAAAGUGGGUUUCCAGUCAAUUAUACUUGGAUAUUUAACAUAGAUGGUACUAAAAUGGUGCUCACUGGAAAAGAAGCUGACUUUACUCCACCAUUAGGUGGUUUGUUAUCAGUCACUGUGGUCGCAAGCAAUGGCGUCUGCUCCAAGAUGCUAAACAAGACUCUGACAGUUGAAUGGCCUGUUGAGGAGGUUCAGGUUGUUUGUCACUCUGAUCGGAUAUUUACUGGGCAUGUUGUGACAUUUUCGGCGAAAAUUAAUGGAGGGACCAACCUUCGGUACUUGUGGGGAUUUGGGGAGACUGUUGAAGAUUUGCAUUUUGGUACAGUCAAUCAUACGUUUGGCAAGGCUGGGGUAUACAUUGUUACGGUCAACAUCUCCAACAGUGUGAGCCACGUGUCCAAACAACUACCCAUAAAGGUGGAGGUGUUGAAGUGUUCUAGUCCUCGAGUAUCUCUCAUCCAGAGCCAGACAACGAUCUUCAAAUCUAGAAUGGCUUUAUUCGAAGCCAAUGUGGACAUGAACUGCUCUGACUACAAAGCUUCAUACCAAUGGGCCAUGUUCAGACUAUCAGACAGUCCAAAUGGAAAUAUCACCAGAAACCUUCUCAAUAGAACAACUUCACCUUUGCUCUUGCUUCCAAAGCAUUCUCUCAAAGUUGGGGAGUAUUGCCUUCUAUUCACAGUUUCACUCCAAGGAACUCCUCUUCUCGUGCAACAAAGCACCACAGUCACAGUACUUCACUCCCCGUUGGUGGCUGUCAUCAAGGGAGGUUCACAUCGACUCUGGCCGAGUCUCAGUGAUCUUUUCCUGGAUGGAAGUGGGUCUCACGAUCCUGAUGCUGAUCCAGGAAGAGAGGAUACGCUCCAAUACCGCUGGACUUACUACAUAGAGGUAAAAGUGAGUGAAAUAGCACUGCUUCCUGUGUUUGUGGAGUGUGUUUCCUGUUCUAUCCACACCCCCAUCCGACUAUCUGGACAUUGUGCAGGAUGUGAGGACCAAGUUCAGUAUGAAUGGAGCGCUGAGGACGAGACGGGCUCGAUCCUUGACCUCGACAAGGUUGCCACAUUCACAGGAAGACACUCCUCUAAACUGGUACUCCGUUCAGACGUCGUACUACCAGGGAAAAUGUAUACCUACACUGUCAACGUGACUGAGCCUGGCAGUGGGAGGUGGGGCAGCGCCAGUCAGAAAAUGGUAGCCGACAAGCCUCCUUAUGGAGGUCUGUGUGUGUUGAACCCAGUGACAGGCAUCCAUCUGCUGGAAACGGUGGUCACCUUCAACUGCUCAGGGUGGCAAGAUGGCGAAAGCCCAGCCUCUGAGUUCAUCUAUACCUUCCAGGUGGCCCCAUCCCAUCCAUCUACCGGCCCACCUGUCACGUUGUACAAGGGUACUCGCUCCAGUUUUGGCAGCAUGGUUCCAGUGGGGAGUCCUGUGCACGGACAAAACAAGUCACUCAUCACAGUUACUUUGCUCAUAGAAGGCAACCUCGGAGUAAAAGUCAUUGCUCUAAAAAGGUAUGUCACCAUCUUCAAGAGUUCUACAACCAAUGAUGAAAAUGCAGUCGAUUGGCUUAGAACCAAGAGUCAGACCGAGUUGUGGGCUUUAGUCCAACAUGGAAACCCGCAGGAGAUCAUCCCAUAUGCCAUUGUUCUCACCAGUCAACUCAAUCAGAUGAAGCCUGGACAAAGUACCAGAGAGCUCACGAUGCAGGCGGAGAUUAGAGAGAAUGUCACCAAAGCUUUGGUGUCUCUUCCCAUUUCUUCCCUGAUGGACGUCGAUCAGAUCAGCUCAGCUUUAGCCCAGUCUACUGCUGUCCCUGCUGAGUUAGUGUGUGACGACUGUCAGGAGAAAGUUUUUGAAGCAGUCGAAAAGAUGAUCCGAGUGAUGAAGGAACACACGAGUCCUGGUGUUUUGUCAGUGUUUGACACCGGCAGAAACAUCCUUAACAUCAUAGGUAGCUCCCUGUCUGCUUUGUCUCUAUCAGUCAAUGGCCCAAACUCCCAGCAGAACUACUCAAGAACUUUAGGAGCAGCUUCAUCAAUCACCUUGUCCGCUCUGGACACUGCAGGGGCUUUGAUGCGCUCCCUGAUGCACGCUGCUGGUGGGGUUCCCCUUUCCUUCUUUACACCUUAUAUCAGUACAGUCGGCUUCCACGGAGACCCCUCCGACCUUCUCUGCUCUAAGCAGUCCGAUCCCAUGAUCUCCAGGUCAUCAUCAACUCCCCCGUGUCCGUUUCAAAUCCCAACCACGCUCACUGCUCACCUGAAAAGUCAGCGCUCAGAGCUGGUGCAGGUGGUUUUGGGUCUGGAUGAGUCUCACGCUUUGCUGUCUGCAGCCGACCCUCCGAUCUCCACUUCUCUGGUUGCCAUGGAGAUCACCACACCGCAGGGGGAGCCCGUACCCAUUCAGGAUCUGGAGCCCGAACAAGCCAUACAGGUCACCCUGCACAACAAGCAUCCUGUGAAACAAGGCGACAGGGAGAACAAAUUGAGAAAUGGCGGCGGACACACGGAUGGUACAUGUACGACUGUUGCGUUGCCCCCGGACGGACCUCUGAACUUCACAAUAAAACCUGUGGAGGGCAUGGACGAAAAUGCAGGCUUAUAUAUCUCCUGCAACUUCAGCCUGGAACAAGGUCUCACUUCAGUGACGUCGGGACGUGUGAAAAUAGAAAUAACAAGUGGAUUCCAGGAUUCUCUCACAAAAGAGUGGCCAAUCACACUUUCUGCUCUGAACACCUUCACGGAGAAAACCCUAUUCUUAUCUCCACUUUUAAAGCGGAGGGAGAAGCCACUCGCUGUCGAGCUGACCUCAUCUGUAGCGGAGGGCAGGCCUGUCCGUGUGUCUUUAUGCGUGUUCAGCUCUCUGUGCCAGUACUACAGUGUCAAGGAGAGAAGUUGGAGUAGUGAGGGUCUCAAGCCACUGGAGGGGAGCACGCUCCGAACAGUGCACUGUCUGACGCGCCACCUCACCAUGUUUGGGGCCACUUUGUUUGUUCAUCCUGGGGCCGUCGUACUAUUGCCACCCUCUGGUGGCCCCGUGCUUAAUGUUGUGGUAGGGAUCGUAUGUGCUGUUCUGGUCCUGAUUCAUCUGCUGGUGGGACUCAUUGCCCACAAACUGGACCACCUGGACAGCCUGAGACAAAGCCACGUGCCCCUGUGUGGUCGUUCUGGACUGUACCACUACCGAGUGCAGGUCAAGACAGGCCGGAGGCAAGGAGCAGGCACAACAGCACACGUUGGCAUCAGUUUGUACGGCCUCAACAAGAGCGGGUCUCGCCAUCUGCAAAGGGAUGGAGCUUUUCAACGUGGCAGCCUGGACCAGUUUCACUUAGAGACGGAUGACAACUUAGGGGAAGUUUGGAAAAUUCGGAUCUGGCACGACAACACAGGGUUGGACCCAUCAUGGUAUGUUCAGCAUGUGGUGGUCUGGGAUCCUGUGACCGACCACAUGUUCUUCUUCCUGGUGGAGGACUGGCUCUCGGUGGAGAACCAGAAGAAUGGUACAGUGGAGAAAGAAAUUCUGGCAUCAUGUCCUGAGGAGCUGACUGAAUUUAGACGAAUCCUUUCCUCCCAGCUUCUUUUUGGGAUGGUAGAGCGCCACAUCUGGUUGUCGCUAUGGGAACGCCCUGUCCACAGUCGUUUUACCAGGUCUCAAAGAGUCACCUGCAGCGCCCUCAUACUGCACUUAUACCUGGCAUUAGGGGCGAUGUGGUAUGGAGCUGUUGGCUCCCGAGGGCACAGUGGAGCGGUGUCGGCCAAUCUGCUGGUUAACAUGGAGACAGUCGCUGUUGGGAUGGUCGUCGCCGUUCUUCUGUUUCCUCUCCAGUGUUUGAUCUCUUUUCUGUUUAGAAAAACCCAUAAUAAGGUUAUCGUGGACAUGUCAGUUCCUCCAUCACCGGUUUGUCAUUCUGUGGAGAUGGACGUCUACCUCGGCCAAUCAGCGCUAUCAGGCCCGUCUUUCCUAUCUCUGUCUGAAUCCUCCAGCCAAGUCAGAGACAGUCCCUCAUCCUUAAUGGAGAGCAACGCCUUUGACUCCAGCAUCCUGGACUUCUGGGCUGUCUCUGGUUUGGUGCCUCAGACGGACGCUGCAGUUCACGGAGAGAACCAUGCUUCCUGGACGUCAUGUGACAGCCUGCUUAAAGAGUCUGACGCCCCCGACCUCUGUGAAGCCUCGCUUGAUGUGUUUCCAACUCGCCAGCUAAGGAGGAAAAAGGCUCACUUGCAGCUUCACCUGACCUCGUCUGACCCCCCUGCUACCAAACACACUCAUUCAUCCCUGCCUGCACAGGACCAGCAUAUUAUUUCUGUGAAUGCUCACAACCACAAUAUUAAGACAUUUUUUACUCUGUCCGAGGAGAACCUGCUGAUGUCAAUAGAAGAAGCAAAAGAAGACACUUCAUGUUUGUCCAAAAACAACUCAGACAGCGGCAGGGACUCCCCUACAACCGCGUCUUCAAUCUCAAACACUCAGAGCACCUCAUGCAGCAGCUGGUCAGACCACACUGAGGAUAAAAGCCUUCACGAGGCAGAGUUCCUCAAGUUCGGUCCACAGGCUUGUCCCUCCCCGUUUGAGAACAAACUCUACAAAUGUCCGUCUGUACAGUCUGUUUACUCGGUGGCCAGUACCUUCCUGCCGAGUCCGUCUCCAGACUCGACAAGAUCCUCCUCCACCACACGCAUCGGCAUUGCUCGAACUCGACCCAGCCAGCUCUUACCUCCCUGGGUGCUGUGCGUGAUCUACCCCGUUGUGGCCGUGCUGAUCGGAUCCUGCCUAGCUCUUGUCGGAAUCUACGGCAGCCUCUUCUCCAGAACCGUCGUCCUCAUGUGGCUGAUAUCGGCAUUGUCUGCCUUCCUCACCUCUGCUGUCCUGCUGGAACCUCUCAAAGUGUGCACGCAGGCCUUGAUCUACACCAUAGUUUGGCGGCCUGUGGAUCCAGAGGUUGAGGACCAGCUGGCCCAGGAGACCACAGUGGUGAAGGCAUCCGGAGAACACAGUGGGAAGGUUCAACCACCAUGUGGCUACGGCCUGCUCCAAGCUAAGGAGGAGGCUCGUAAAGUCCGUGCCCUGAGGUCACUCAUGAGGCACUGUGUGUACCAGCUGCUGUUUUUUUUGCUGGUGCUCAUGAUGAACUAUCAGGAUAACAUGGAACAAAGACAGGGGAGGUUGUUGCACUCCGCUGUGAGACGCCAAUUUCUCACUGCUCCCUUGGGGGUGCCCAAUCUCACAUCCGUCGCAAGCUGGUUAGAUGCAGAGCAGUGGAUGAACACCACCUUGGUGAACCACGUGCACCACAACCCUUUGCUGCGCCUCGUUGGUUCGCCUCGGCUCCAGUACGCGCACACACCGGGAUGGGCAGAGGUUAUCAUUUUGGGAAACAGCAGUGUGGUGACACAACGGGUUCUGGCUGACCUUCACAUGCGAGGCUUUUACACUAAAAAGUUCAAAACUAUCUCUUUGGAUUUCACACAAUACCACAGAGAGUCUGGUUUAUUUCUCUGUGUGUCCGUUCAACUCGAUCGGACACAAAGAGUCACUUCCUCCCUUUCCAUUCAUCCACUCCUCGUCCCGUCAUCCCAUAAAGGCUUGGACCUUCAUCUGGUUCUGACGGUUCUCCUUCUCAGUUCUGCUCUCCUCAUCUUGUUUGGGGAAGUGUGGUCCAUGGCUACUGAGCGUGCUCAGUAUCUGUGCGAAGGCAAACACUGGCUACAGCUGCUUCUGGCGACAUUGUCACUGGUGACGAGUGUUCUCCAACUCUGCUUUCUGUCUCAGGUCACAUCUUGUGUUUCCCAGCUGCGGUCCCACCCAGACAGCUUCAUUAACUUCCAUGGCCCUGCUCUGCUGACUCGGAGGUCUUCCCAAUGUGCGGCUAUCUUGCUCACUCUUCUGGUUUUAAAGCUGUUGGGAACCUUGAGAUUUGUUCAGCGGUGGGUCAUGAUCAUCAGAGUCCUGCAGAGAGCUUGGAAGGAGUUGUGGGUCUUAAAAAUCCUCUUGCUGCUAUUGAUGCUGUUCUGUACACACCUCAGCAAUACGCUCUUCUCACGCUCAGUGGAUGGGUUUCUGUCCAUGCAUCAGGCUUUGGUGUCAUUGCUGUCCAUUAUGCGUGGCCGGAUCAGCCUCCAAAGAUUAUGUAUAGUCCACCCAGUCCUCGGGCCCCUCUAUGGCCUAUUGGUAAUGGGGGCUGGUGUUUGGCUUUUGGCCAAACUCUUUGGGGCUGUACUCAUCUGUGCAUACAGGGCUGAAAAAGCAGACAUUUAUCGUCCAUCAACAGAACCUCAAGAUUAUGAGAUGGUUGAGUUCUUUAUCAAGAGACUGAAGCUUUGGAUUGGGCUUACAAAGGCGAAAGAAUUCAGGCACAGGGUGAAGUUUGAAGGCAUGGACGUUCCUCCUUCCAGGGCUUCCCAAGAAUCCCGUCUCUCCUCUCUGUUUCCUCCCCUUUCUCCUCGUCCGCUGUCAUCAUCGCUUUCUACCAUGUCUGAAGACUCAUCAAUUUCUGAGCAAGGCUUUGACGUCCAGCCCUUCCUGGACCACCUGCUGCCAUGCGUCAACGCCCUGCUGUCUCAGUUUGACCGCGUCACCCAGAUAACUGAGGAUGUUAACAACCUGGAGACUGAACUUGAGGAGGCUCUGACCAAGAGAAAGGAACAUAAGAUCAACAAGGAGAGAAUUAAUGACCAAUUCCAAAAAUCAGCAAAUCCAAAGGACCAGGAGGGUGACAGAAGGACGAAGGAAGUGAGACGCAGGAGGACAGGUCUGCUUUACCCUAAUCCACAAAAAUCCCUUUCAACCAUAUUGCCUUUCGCGCCUUCCACAAUCCACUCCUCUCACGUGUUCCCCCGCACACGCAGCUCACACUCCGAGUGUGAAUCAAUGCGUUUCCAGUAUCACGUGUGCUGCGAGACAUCAGAAGCAAGUAAGCCUCCCGCUGAAAGCUCUGGUGUGGUCAGGUCCCCUAAAAGGAGAGCAUGGCAUUCCGGGAGCUCUCACUCGGCAGAUGCUGCUCAAAGGUUGUGGCAAAAACAAGGCGGAGUCGCCUUCGCCUUCAUCAGACCAAAGAGUGAAGAGGGCGUACUGAGACGUAUCAGUGACGGGGCCCCAAAAAAGAGGAAGGCUUGGAUCGCUGAAGAACCAGAGGUGAAGUAAGCAUUUGUGAUCUUUGUUAACUUCGCAUGGCUUCAAGAGGACUUCCGACAAGUUUUAGAAAGGGUCUUUAUCCAAAUCCAGAGGAUACAUUGGAAUUAUUAAUGUCUAUUUUCUUGUAUGUUUGUUUGGAUCUUCUUCAAAUUGUGUGUGUUCCUAUACAAUAAGAGUCAUUGACAUUCAGAAAACAGUUAAAAAUGUUACAGAGUUUGAGCAGACCUCAUUUUUGGAAUGUGAUCCAAAAAACAACUGGAAGAUGCUGGGUAGGAUACAUUG